AUGAGCGAGCUUACUGUUCUGUUGGGGAGGUUGGUCAUCGACAACUAUUGGCCAAUGCCUAGGGACUUAGACGAGGUGGAAAGAUUCGCCCACAGAUUCGAGUGUUUGCGACUCGCACUAGUUUGCUGGAGCUUCCACUCGAUCGUCAAGUCCAAGAACAACCGUCUAAUCUUGAGGAAUGAUGCCCUGAAGGAAUAUGUCGACAGCCUCAUCGACUCUCCUUUCUGUGUGCUGUCGCUGACGCCUGCGACUAUCAAACUAGAUAUGGCAGGAUAUCAUCUCGAACAUCUGAUACCUUCACAUUCACAGUGGCUUGGGCGACUCAUCCUGGACCGCAUGUGGUCGUUGCACGCGCCGAUCGGCCUGCUUCCACCGCGCUCCAUGCCCGGGUUGACAGACCUCAAUUUGGUCAUCUACGAUGACCUAUCCACCGGCCUCACCUUUGACUCAGAGUUGGACAUCCUGCGUCUUCUGUCCUCGCGUCUCCCAGCCCUCGAGAACCUCAAGAUCACUGCGCUACUUGACCAUGACAAAGACGAACACUAUGGACAACUCAUGGACGCAUUGAGACACAACUGCUUUGACUCCCUAAAGGUGCUGUGGAUCGAUGACGAUAUAUAUAAUCACGGGGUCCUCUCAUUUGCUGUUCUUGGCUCGCCAUCUACAUUCUUCUCCGCCCUUCGCCAUUUCAGCCAUCUUGAGCGCCUCAUACUUGGCAUCGCUUAUCAACCAGGCAUGGUGUACAAUACCAACGCCUUCUACAAAUCGCUCAUUGUCUACCUUGAGGGCGCUACUUCUUUGUGCGGGUUGGAGCUGAAGCACUUUUAUCCACAGUUGGCGUCAAAGGCACCCUACCGGCACAUUGUUCAGCACCCGAGCAAUCUCACAUACUGGUUGAUGGAAGUUGUUCGCAACACCAUCCCAACGCAUUCUCUCGCCCGUGACCAGACAUCUGACGAGUCUUCACCUGGGCUUUGGAGUGUCUGGAGGACGAAGACGAUCGUGAUGACCAAGACAUUGAGUACAGCGAUGAGCUCAUCGAGUCGCUCAACAACGUCGAUCAACUCAAUCUUUACAAUUGCAAUCUGA